AUGCCCUGUAACCCCCACGUCUACAGCCUCUGCAACUUUACCUCCGUCGCGAUCGGGCCCCACCUUGACGGCUCUCUCUUCGACACGAGCUCCUUCCUAAUCGAUCGCCCCACGCAGUUGUCGGCGGUGUUCCGGUUUGACUUCACCACCACCACCUGGGAGUACCACGCACCAAUGCUAACCUCGCGCCGGAGCUUCGCGUGUGCGAAGGUUCUGGAUUCCGACCAGAUCAUCGUCGCCGGAGGCGGUUCCCGCCACACCAUGUUCAGCGCAGCCGGGAGCAGGAUGACCUCGGUGGAAAGGUAUGAUAUAUGUAGAGACGAGUGGGUGGCCAUGGAAGGGCUGCCGAGCUUUCGGGCCUGGUGUGUGGGGUUCUUUGCUGGAGAUGUGGAGGAGAGGGAGUUUUGGGUGAUGGGCGGGUACGGCCAGGCUAGGACUAUAUCGGAGGUGGUGUCGGUGGAUGAGUAUUACCAGAAUGCGGUGGUAAUGGAAUUGACGAAUCGGAAUAGUGAUGGCAUGUGGAGGGAGACAGGUUGA